CUUCCCCUCGUUUCUAUCCCAUUGUCCUAUUGCCCCCUCAGCCAGCUCUCUGUUUUCUAUCCGUUUUCGUUGUCUUUGCAGACUCCCAACCGUCAAAAUGUCCGCCUUCAGUGAUAUUGCCCAGCAAUUUGUCCAGUUCUACUACCAGACCUUCGACGCCGACCGCUCCUCCCUGGCCGGACUCUACCGCGACCACUCCAUGCUCACCUUCGAGACCAGCUCGAUCCAGGGUGUUUCCAGCAUCGUUGAGAAGCUGACCAGCCUCCCCUUCCAGAAGGUUGUCCACAAGGUCAACACCCUCGACGCCCAGCCCUCCAGCCAGGAUGGUAGCAUCCUGGUCAUGGUCACCGGUGCUCUCUUGGUCGACGAGGAGCAAAACCCCAUGAACUACACCCAGAGCUUCAACCUCAUUCCCGAUAACGGCAGCUACUACGUCCAGAACGACAUCUUCCGUCUGAUCUACAACGCAUAAAUGGUUCCAUUAUUUGUUUUUUUUUAGGUAUAAAGCGCCGUCGUCGCGCGGUGGAAAGGAAACGUCGGAGGGGGAGGGAUCAGGCCUGCGGCUUUGGGGAACGGUCAUCUAUUCUCUAUCUCUAGAACAGGGGAAAGACCUGGUCAUAGUCCGCAGAUAAUCCCGUGUGAAACGAAGAUAAUGAAUCCAUUUUCAAAUUUCAGGUUUCGAGUUCGAACAGAGUGAAGGGCGGAGGCAGAGCCCACGGAUCUUGGGAUUGGAUGCUUUUGGUGAAUUUGGAGCAUGCCAUGCCUCCUUUUCGCUGUGCGUCUCUUCG